AUGGCGGGCAAGAAGUCAAAGAAUAGGAACAGGAAGCAGAAGCAGGAGAAGAGCAGGGGCGGGCAGCAAGAGCCAGCUACGAGCAGAGAUGGACAACAAGAACCAGAUAACAGCACGGUCGAGCAACAAGAACCAGUUCCAGCUUCGACUGAGCAGCAGGAGUCAGAUACGAAUAUUGCUCGGCAACAAGAACCAGCUACAGGCAUAAUUGGGCAACAGGAACCGGACACCAGUAUUGUUGGACAGCAGAUAGCAGCUACAGGCAUUGUUGGACAACAAGAGCCAGUUACAAGCACUACCAAGCAACCAGAGCUAGAAAAGGGCAUAGUUGAGCAACAACAGCUGGAUACGAGCAUCAUUGAGCCACAACAGCAAGGCCAAAGCAUCACUGAGCAACAGCGGCUAGAUACGGCCACGGCUGUGCAACAAAAGCCUGAUGAAAUCAUCGCUAAGCAACAGGAACCAAUUUUGACCACGGCCGAGCAGCAGAAGCCAGUCAAUACUAUAGUUGGACAGCAGAAGCCAGAUACAGGGAGUUCCUAUCCCGACGAGCGAGAUCAUCUAUCAUCAAACGAUUGGCAGGAAAUAUUGCAACGUACAGGUGCAUUGAACGGUUGGGUUCCCCAGAAGAGAAACGGCGACAUCGACAUCACUCGUGCGACUGAGCAAUUGUUCACAUUGAAGCCUGAGACGAUGCCAAAGUGGAACACUUCAAAUGCUUCUGGACGGGAGGCUGUGCAGUUUCAAGAUUCUACAGAGGAGAGUUUCAUCAAAGCAGCUUUUGACACAAGUGCAAUCAAGACGACACUCCAAGCCACUACGCCCGUCGGAAAGACUGGUGUAAGAGGUAGCUUUACGCGGAGCACAGGAGACAAGGCGUCAAUUGAGCACUCUGGCGAUGUCAAAUCUUUCUAUCUUUUCCAUGAGCUCCCUCUUGCUGUUGUCGAUUUGGCAAGCUCUUCACUCGUACCAACCCAAAACUUUGUGGACUUCAUCAAGGAUUCGAUCAAUGAAUAUGCCGGACUAAUACCCCCACCUACAUCUGCAGACCGAGAAGCAUUUUCCUCGGUACUGAACAGUUUUCAUGAUAGAUUCGGCACCGUUUUUACGAAGCGAGUUGCGUUAGGAGGCAGACGCUAUGCCAUCCAAAAAGUCUACAGGCACAGCCAGGCUGUGAACCAAAGUUCUGAAGAGAAAAGUGCCAUCAAGGCAAGCCUGGAUGUGCCGUUAACUAUUGGUUCUCUCAAGGCUGGAGGAGAGCGUGGCUGGGGCUCUACCAGUGGCGAUGGUGACUAUGGGAACGUUAUGAUUGACGUCAAUUCCCUUGUCAUUGAUGGCGGUGAUGAGACCCUUACAGAGGAUGUCCAGGCAUGGCAAAACACAUUACUAGCAUCAAAGAACUGGAAAGUCAUCAAGCAAAACAACGUCGAGGCUCUCUUCCCAUUUCUGUUAGGGGUAUUGGAGAGAAUGGAGCCAAGAUACGAGUAUGUUGACUUUGUUAGAGGAUUAGCUGUCUAUGACCAAGACCUUCGAAAAGCCCACGAGAGAAAGCUAGCUGCUGCUCCAGAGCCUCUGACACUGCGCAUCUCGAGCUCAUACGCGCCAACAAAGAGUAUACUUUCGAGUCUCUCCGGGAAGAAGCCAAAAUGGACAGUGACGCUCAAUACCGAUAAACCCAAAAUAAUUGACAGGGUCAAGGUCAAGAUUCCCGGAUACUUUGAGAAUGGGAAAGACCGUAUUGACGACGUUGUCGGAUUCCCGAAAGCUCUUCCCGUCUCAAUCGAUCUGCCCACCCAAUGGAGUCUGACUCCGAAGAAGACAAGCAAGAAAUACGAGGCAGAGUUUACGGUCAUACUCAAACCCAAUCAUGAGUGGCAAGAGUCUGAUGGAGGAGCUUCGACAGUCACUUUGAAGGACGUUGGUGGCAACACUCUGGUUUUCGGGGCCUUGUUGAGUCCGGAGCCUGCGACAUUCACGGCAGAACACAGUGUACGCAGCACUAAAUAA